CAAACUUUCUCCAGGAGGACUGCAAGAAGGCUCUGGUGUUUAAAUGGUUAAUCUCUGCAGGUCACUACCAGACACCGAGACCAACCGAGUCAGUGAGUGCUCUAACCACAGUCCAUGCAGUAAUAGUAGGUCCUUCAAAUAUUUGCUCACUCGGUUUUGUUUUGUUUCCUUGCUUUUCACAUGUUACCAGCUACAUAAUUUCUUGACAGAAAAAAAUAAAUAUAAAGUCUAUGUACUCCAGGCAUACUGUACAACUAAAACAGGGACUGGGUAUGGUUUGUAUUUUCAGUUUAAGGCUGCAAGCAGUAUUUACAACAGAGGGCACAAGUUCUAUCUGGAAAAAAAAGGAGGGACUAUGGCGUCAAACAGCCUCUUCAGCGCAGUGACACCGUGUCAGCAAAACUUCUUUUGGGAUCCGAGCACCAGCCGGCGCUUCAGCCCCCCCUCCAGCAGCCUGCAGCCCGGCAAGAUGAGCGACGUGAGCCCGGUGGUGGCUGCGCAGCAGCAGCAACAGCAGCAGCAGCAACAACAGCAACAGCAACAGCAACAGCAGCAACAACAGCAGCAGCAGCAGGAGGCGGCCGCAGCAGCGGCAGCGGCGGCGGCGGCGGCGGCAGCGGCGGCGGCAGUGCCCCGGUUGAGGCCGCCGCACGACAACCGCACCAUGGUGGAGAUCAUCGCGGACCACCCGGCCGAACUGGUCCGCACCGACAGUCCCAACUUCCUGUGCUCCGUGCUGCCCUCGCACUGGCGGUGCAACAAGACCCUGCCCGUGGCUUUCAAGGUUGUAGCCCUCGGAGAGGUACCAGAUGGGACUGUGGUUACUGUCAUGGCCGGGAAUGAUGAGAACUAUUCCGCCGAGCUCCGCAAUGCCUCUGCUGUCAUGAAAAACCAAGUAGCCAGGUUCAACGAUCUGAGAUUUGUGGGCCGGAGUGGACGAGGCAAGAGUUUCACCUUGACCAUAACAGUCUUCACAAAUCCUCCCCAAGUGGCCACUUACCACAGAGCUAUUAAAGUGACAGUGGAUGGUCCCCGGGAGCCAAGAAGGCACAGACAGAAGCUUGAUGACUCUAAACCUAGUUUGUUCUCUGACCGCCUCAGUGAUUUAGGGCGCAUUCCUCAUCCCAGUAUGAGAGUAGGUGUCCCGCCUCAGAACCCACGGCCCUCCCUGAACUCUGCACCAAGUCCUUUUAAUCCACAAGGACAGAGUCAGAUUACAGAUCCCAGGCAGGCACAAUCUUCCCCGCCGUGGUCCUACGACCAGUCUUAUCCCUCUUAUCUGAGCCAGAUGGCGUCCCCAUCCAUCCAUUCUACCACACCGCUGUCUUCCACACGGGGCACUGGGCUACCUGCCAUCACCGACGUGCCCAGGCGCAUCUCAGAUGAUGACACUGCCACCUCUGACUUCUGCCUCUGGCCUUCCUCUCUCAGUAAGAAGAGCCAGGCAGGUGCUUCAGAACUGGGCCCUUUUUCAGACCCCAGGCAGUUCCCAAGCAUUUCAUCCCUCACUGAGAGCCGCUUCUCCAACCCACGAAUGCACUACCCAGCCACCUUUACUUACACCCCGCCAGUCACGUCAGGCAUGUCCCUCGGCAUGUCCGCCACCACUCACUACCACACGUACCUGCCACCACCCUACCCCGGCUCUUCCCAAAGCCAGAGCGGACCCUUCCAGACCAGCAGUACUCCGUAUCUCUACUAUGGGACCUCGUCAGCUUCCUAUCAGUUCCCAGUGGUCCCCGGGGGAGACCGGUCUCCUUCCAGGAUGGUCCCGCCAUGCACUACCACCUCGAAUGGCAGCACGCUAUUAAAUCCAAAUUUGCCUAACCAGAAUGAUGGUGUUGACGCUGACGGAAGCCACAGCAGUUCCCCAACUGUUUUGAAUUCUAGCGGCAGAAUGGAUGAGUCUGUUUGGCGGCCAUAUUGAAAUUUGUCAACCAUGGCCCAGUGGCAUGCAGGGGCCACAUCCCACAUGUGUUAAUAUAUACAUAUAUAAAGAGAGUGCCUAUAUAUGUAUAUUGAUUAGCUAUCUAGAAGAUUUCUCAUUCACUCCCUGGUCAUGGUCUUGCAACCCUAAGAGGGUGGGGAGAGUCAUAACUGGGUUUCAUAUUGUUUACUAUUUAAGAUGUCCCCUUUACCAAGGAACAAACUGUCAAAGAUGUUGUCUGGUCUGUUUUCGUAAGUGACCUUGUUCCCAAGCCAAUUCAGAGAGGUGGACUCUGGGUCCAGGAGAAAGAAGAGCCACUUCCUCCCUGUGCUUUGAAACCACACGCCUCUGCUAUGUGGAGGCCGGUGCACUCUGCAGACCAGCUUACAAAAAGCCAGAUGUGGUCCACUCAGAAAGGGACGAGAGGCAGCGUGGCUGCUCUCACUGCUGUCCACUCUGAACACCUGUUCCAUAGUUUCCUUCAGACUUGCUACAGGGACUCAUUUGAACUUUUGAGUUCACUUUUUUUUCUAUUCUAAGAAAGUGACUUCAAAAAUACUGAUCAGGACAGAUUAUUUUAUUUUACUUUUUUAUACUCCCUUACUUCCUGCAUUUAACCAAAAAGAAAUCCCAUUCCCCUCCCCCACUCCUUCUGCUUCUCCUUUUAUGCAAAACUGAAAAUGGCAAAUACCUUACUAUAGCCAUAAUGAUAUAAUGUUUGAGUUGGCUGUGUGUUAUUUGUUUUUCUUUUUUCUUUUUUAAAUUAUGAAUAUGUGUAAAAUCUGAAGUAACUUGCUAACGUGAAUGGUCAUAUAACUUUAAAGAUAUAUUUAUAAUUAUUUAAUGACAUUUGGACAUUUGGAACAUUUCUUAGUGUAAAUGCUAUGUUGACUUCGGUCUCUAAAAGUGCUUCUUUUUAAAUAACAAGUUUCUUCAGUGGGCUAGAGCCAUGUCGGAAAUAUUGCUAAGCAAUUUCAAUUCCUUCAGGCAUAAUGUGAUUUAUUUUGAAGAUAACUCCCAUCUCCAAAUAUUUUAGAUGUAGUUUGUUUUCAUGAUGUAUGAAGGAAAUGCUAUGUUUCUUUCUUUCUUUCAGGUGUUUGAUUGCCUUUGACACAGCUUUGCCUUUAAAAGCAAUAAUUAGGGAUUAAAACCAAAACAAAACAAAAACCACCCAGAGCCCCGUGGUCCUUUAACACUUAAUGCGGCCCCUUUACUAGCAUGAAAUGCUGGAGACAUGUGGUUUCCUAAUUUCUUCACUUGGGGGUUGGGGUGGGGGUGGCCAUUAUGACUCUUGUCAUAUUAAAAAGCCAAGCACACAUGAUUGGUUGAACUGCAGAAGAGUGUUCUGUGGUCUCAGAGUUGAGCAAAACUUUAAAUUGCAGGCAGUGUGGCUGAGGGCCUAGUCUGCUGUGGUAAAGGCUCAAUCACGGCAUGUACAGCCUAAGAAUACAGACACAUUAGGAGUCUGCACCUACCAGCCUUACCACACAGCCAUUCAGGGGAACCCAAGAGUGCCUUACCCAAGGAGGUCUGCCAGCAGCUUUCCAAAAAGUAGAAUGAAGUCACUGUCCUAGGGAGGCUGAUCAGCUGAAGUAGCAACGGGUAGCUGAUGUCAGUAGACACAGAGCCUGUGGGGACCCCCAGGAGGCCUUUGAUAUUAGAGCUCUCACUAGGGAGGGCCAAAAAGAAAAAAGAAAAAAAAAGCAGAGAAGGCCACAAACCAAUUGGUGUCUGCCAUUGUGUGUGAAUUUGAGACCCAGCCCACCUAGGAAGAUGCAUUAUUCCUGGCACCUUGUGGCCAGUCCGAGUGGGACUCCCUAAUCUAAGCCAGGGGUCAUUCAAUGACAUCACCAGGCCAAUCCCAGCAUUCCUCCUGCACAAGUGUUUGUGUGUGUGUGGGGGGGGGCUAGAUUGGGGUGGGGGUCACCUUCAUUUGAAUCCUCAGUCAUUCUAAGAGUUCUGCAGGCUUUUGCCUUGAACCCCUAAAUCCCCUUGACCUCUGCUCCUUCUCAGGUUGACCUUUGUCCCAGUGCAGGACAGUCCAGGUUGCAGAUGGCAACCUAUGUGUGCCUUCAACCUGUGUUUUCCCCAGAAUUUAUCCUGACUCCUUCUGAUACGAACUGAGGGGGGAAGAAACCCACUCUGCACCAAAGCAAAACACUUCACCUUCUAAAGGUUGUGUGUACCAAGUAUACGCAGAUAGUCAGGCCACCUUUGUGUUUCUUAAGAUAGAAAUUGUAACUGAUGCUAUUUAUUGUUUGUGUGUGGUAGCUGGAAGCACACCACGGUCCACGUGUUUGUCUGAUGCCUAUUUCAGCAGCAUUUACAAAGGCCAGUGUCUGGUUACACGUUUCAGUUUUCAUUAAUCGACAUGAAAAUGUUACCAUCGGUGCCAGCUGCACCCUAUUUAAUUUUUUUUUAAAGGCACUAUAUUUGUACAUUAUUUUUUUAACGUUAAAGGGCUUCUUCAAGUUUACAAUACAGUUAUUAAGGGACCAGAGGGGAUGCGUUAGUGCCUAAAUGUUAUUAUAGUGGCUGCAGGCAGCAACCCAGAAACAUUUUUGAAAACUGUUUCCCUCCGUCCUCCCUUAUUUGGGAAAAAUUCAAGUGCUUUCUUCACCUUUCAGGUGCCUCACCAGGUGACUCCCGUUACUUAGAACAGCCUUUCUUCUGGUUUUAUUUUUUGUUUUUGUUUCUUGUUUGUUUGUUUUUUGGGUGUUUUUUUUUUUUUUUUUUGGACUAGGGUUUAAAAAUUCCCCCUUCCUUUUCCCUUAUCUCUUAAACUUUUCAUUUGCACUGGGUCACAUGUAUGAUUUGUGGUUUUAAGACCAAAGCAAUGUCUUGUUACUCGUCUGGAACUGUUUAUGUGUACUAACCAACCCUCCACUCCACUUCCCUGGGCUUAGAUUGACACGGUUCUCGAAGGAGCACAAACAUGGCUGACAUUUACAGUGGGAGCCACACAGCCAUAUUAAAAACUACUCUUUAGCUGUCUUAGAAUUUUAACCUAGGCCACAGUUUCUAACGGGCCCCGUGGCUUUGGUUUCAGGUUAGGGGAUGAUGCACAGGCAGUAACAAAGACUUAAUGGAUUCAACUAGUUUGCCCUCACCCUUCACCAAGACCCUAAGAAAACAAACAGAGAAACAUCUCCACACCAUUAGAGACUGUCCAUUGUAGGUUCAGAAGGGAGGAGCCAUGUUGGGGUUUCCCUCUCCUCCAAGGAGAGAAGGCACUGACUGACCUAGUUACAGAGAAUGAGCCAGCAGGAGAAGAAGCAGUUGUGUCUGUGGUGUUUGAGAGACUAAUGAACAAUAAAAGAUGAUUCUCCCAAGCUCUGAAUGUGGUGUUCUUAAAGAAGAUGAUGCAUCUAAAACAAAAAAUUUUUUUCUAUGUGGGGACUUUCUUCGUUGUCUGUUUACUUCAUGUUUACAAAUAAUUGUUUGCCUUUUAAUGCAGUACUUUAAAAACAUGUCAGCCAAAACCAUGACUUACAGUUAUCUCUUAGGUAUUCUGAAUAAAAUUCCAUGUCUUUCCAUAUGCCUACUGUUCUUAGGUUUCUGCGGAACAACAACAAAAUUGUAGCAUUUUGUGUAAAUACAGCUUUCGUUCUUAUCUUUUAUUUUUCUGAUUGCUAUUGCCCAAGAUUUGCUUUCCAUGCACGUAUUGUACAAAUUCUGCUUUGUGCCACAGGUCAUGAUUGUGGAUGAGUUUACUCUGAACUUCAAAGGGACUAUUUGUAUUGUAUGUUGCAACUGUAAAUCGAAUUAUUUGGCAUCCCCCCCAUGAUUGUAAUAUUAAUUUGAAGUUUGAAUUUAAUUUUCAAUAAAAAGGCUUUUUUUUCUUUU